AUGGAAAACAUAAGCCUGGUCCUCGAAGGAGAUGGUACGUGCGGCUUGAGAUUAGAGGGUGAUGGCAACCAGACAAUCGUUGUUUCUAAGCUUCACAGAAGGGGUAGAGCUCACAGGGCGGGUCUGAAAAUUGGUGAUGAGGUCGUUUCCGUGUGUGGCAUUUCCUGUAGAAAUUUAGAUGCACAGGCGGCUCAAGACAUCGUCAGGAACACGAACAACGCCAGGAUUCAAAUUCGAAGGAACCAGCAGGAUAUAUACCACGCUCCGCCAAGUGCGUACGACGAUUUUGACAGUGACGUGGCCGAGGGGUACAAUCCGUCGCAACCGCCACCACCACCGCCUCAUCGCACCGUCUACGACUUCAAUAAGAACGUCAACGUCUAUGAAACAAAUACACAACCAUUUCGAAACUACAACACCUCUUCCAAGAAGGAAGAUGUCACAUGUUAUAACGAAUAUUGGAACCGGUGUCCUGCAAAUGAUAAUUACUUGAAUAACGACAGAAAUCAAAAUUCAAAAUAUCGAAAAGUUGAAUUCGGUUUAAAUUACGGUCCUCCAAACACUGUAAAACAACAACAAAUAAAAAAACAUAUUACCAGGGCUUACAUAGUUCCGGAAUACGAGAAAAUUCAGGCAAGAGAACUGCAUAACGUCUCUACACACGCACGUCACUACGUCAAAAAAGAUGAGGAUAAAUUUGAAGAACGAUUUCACAAGCCUGCAACAGAAGUUGAAGAUACGCCAGCACCGAUCAUCUGGAAACCUAAACUUCAGUCGAUAACGGAGCAUCACAAGCCGGUGAACAUGAGGGAGGAUGUGAUCAUUUGGUCGUCCAAACCCCUCCCUGAACCGAUAAGACCUCCACCAGUUUUUAAAAAAUCGUCCCCUCCACCCAUCAAAAUAAUACCUCCCCCACCUCAACCUCCACCAGUGGUGGAGACUCCCAUUCCUCCUACUCCUCCCACUGCCACAAAAACUGACGAACCGUCACCAGGGGUUGUGGUGAACGAGGAUUUGAUAGAGGCUGGCCUGCUGACGAGAGGAGUUGUUACGGCUGCUGGCGUCCCCGUUGAAGUUCAUCUGGAAAAAAAAAAACUUUUCUCCGACUCAUCUUUCUACGAGGACCCGGCCCACAAGUACCCGACAAUUGAGGAACAAAUAAAAAUGGCUCGUAAGGUGGCUAACCUUUUGACCUCUCAAACUGGAAAAUCCGGCAAAGGUCAAAAAAUGUUUCAGAAGAAGAAGGAACAAUCGACAAACUGGAUAAUCGACCUUGAUCCUCUUGCCAAGGAAUCCAUCGAACGUGAGAGGAUGAAGAAGAAGAUGAUGGAGCGGACGUUUGACACGAUGGCCUUCCACGAUGGAACUGGUCCAUUCGAUCAGAAGUCACGGGUUGACCGAGCCAAAGAACUUGAAAUGAUGCGAUUGAAGGAGGAGAAAUCACUGCACAACGUCGUUCCAUUUGACCUCUGCGCCAAACUGGCCAACGAAUUGAAGCAGGACAAAGGAAAGGGCGGACACCUCUUUACGAAAAGAAAAGAGGAAUCAGUGAAUUGGGUGGCCUCGGAGAACGAUCCUCAAUCAACUGUGGGCUACAAACCGUACAAACACGAAUUGAAUCCUUUCAAGAAACCUCUAAGCUUCACCCCAUUGAAAUCCACUCAGUUACCAUCACCUACAAAACCGUCCCAUUUCACGCUGAAACUGCCGCAACAGGGAGUGCACGCUCCCACCUCCGCAUCUGACAGUGUUGGAGAGCUGCCACGGAAUCGUCUGAAAGACAUGAUCAACACUCCGCGGGCCGCCAUGACGCCUUGGGACUCUAUGGUCAACACCGGAAGUCUACACAAGGCUUUCGAACAUUUAAAUGGUAGAUUUUAUAUAGACGGAAGUGACAUAACGACGGGUAGCUGGUUCAAUAAUAGAGAUAAUGAUGGUGAAGACAUGAAUGUUGGUGGUGUUGGUAGUUCUUUGGAAGUCAGUGGUAGUGGUGGUGGUAGUGGUGGUUUCAAUUCUCCGUCGCAAUCGAAAAGUUUCAUGCCACCUCACCAGCCCCGGUCUUUCAACAACCAAUCACAAUCGAGCUACACCAAGUACCAGCCUAUCAAAUUUCAACCUCGCUUUAUGUAA